GCACAACCCUUCGCUACAGUAGUUUUUGUUUUUUCUAUCUAUAGGCUUAUCUUACUGCUGACCUUAACCGCGACAGUUGCGACAUGUGUAUAUAGAAACGAAAUACAUUCAUGUAUAUUCAUUCCGCAGACUCUUUUUCGUUUUGGUCACACAAUUUGUAACACAAUUUGGAAGUCAACACAAUGCUACAUAUCAAAUGCAAGGACACUGACCUAGAACCAAUAUCCGUUAAGAUUGGUAUAAUUGGCGGUAGUGGUCUUGAUGAUCCGGAUAUUUUAGAAAAUCGCAAGGAGACCGAAGUUAAGACACCAUUCGGCAGCACAUCAGAUGUCUUGAUUGAAGGUGAAAUUGGUGGUGUAAAGUGCGUGCUGUUGGCACGUCAUGGUCGCCAACACAACAUUAUGCCAASUAACGUGAAUUAUCGUGCCAACAUUUGGGCCAUGCGACAAGUUGGCUGCACACAUUUAAUUGUAUCAACCGCGUGCGGAUCAUUGCGUGAAGAAAUUCAUCCUGGCGAUUUGGUAAUACCAAAUGAUUUCAUUGAUCGCACCACGAAACGUGCACAAACCUUUUACGAUGGCGGUGCGGAAAGUCCUCGUGGGGUUUGUCAUUUAAGUAUGUUUCCAUGUUUUAGUGAACGUGUACGAUCGGUGCUAGUUGCCGCAGCCAAAGAGUUAGAUUACAACGUACAUGAUAAGGCAACCAUUGUAACCAUUGAAGGUCCACGUUUUUCUUCGCGAUCUGAGAGUAACAUGUUUCGCCAAUGGGGCGGUGAUCUUAUUAAUAUGACCACUUGUCCCGAAGUUGUAUUGGCCAAAGAAGCUGGUCUAUUAUAUGGUUCUGUGGCAAUUGCAACCGAUUACGACUGCUGGCGCAUGGGUUGCGAAGGUGUUAAUGUCCAAGAUGUGUUGAAGACCUUCUCCGCAAAUGUCCUCAAGGUGAAACAAAUAUUAAUGAAGGCCGUUCAGAAUAUAGCCAAAGAAGAUUGGACCGAAGAUAUUUUGGACGCCAAGGAAUGCAUUUGCAAGAACACAAUGUCCGGUGCAAUGUGACGCUUUUUACUGUUAUGUCAAGAAUUUACUGGUGAAAUUAUACAACAACGUCGCCCACUAAUCUCCGGUUCAAAAUCAAAGCACCCAAACAACAAAACGAACUUGCUUCCUAAAUUAACUUCAAUUUCCAUACUCUACGACUUAGUUCCAGCUCCAAAAGAAUACAACGAUCAUGAAACUCACAAGAAGCAAAGAAAAACACAACACCAUCAGAAUGAGCAACAAUCAGCAUAAUUUCAAAAUAAUUAUAAAAUAUUUUAUUUUGCCGUAUUAGCCACCGAAUUAACCUAACCUGUUAUAUUUUACGAUACCCUAUUWUAGUUGUAUAUCACUCUGCACAUUUAGCAUUUACUCCUAAUUAUGUGCAUCUUUGUUCGUGCAACAAAUCGUAUUUGGAAUGUUUUAAAAUAAAGUUAAGACCAGUUCGUUAAAAAAA